AUGGCUGAUGAGGGUCCGCAGCUUGAGGCCGUGGUUGAUACUGGUGUGAGUCCCAUAAUUAAAAUGGAGGUGCAAGAGCUAACAGGCCUUGUACCAGGUGAUGAGGGAACAGAAAGAUCCAGAAAAGGUCUCAACAUUGUUCCUGGCUGUGGUUCUUCCAUCGGAGCUACGCUGUACAGGGUCGGGACAACCCUGGGAGAAUUUCAGACCUGGGUAACACCAGAACAUGUUAAGCAGGAAGCGGGGGAAGAGCUGUGGGAAGCCAGGUGGCAGGAGUUCCUGAAGGCAGUCCAGUCGCCACACACUAAGUUCUCAGAGGUCAUUCGAGAAUGCGAGGCCAAAUCCAAAGAGGCAGCUGACGUCUCUGAGAGCUCAGAAGGACAUAGGGUGACUGGACUCCUAUCGAGCCACCAAAAUGGAUCCCUGCAGACCUUGGGCUCUCCAGAAUCCCGAGCUUGUGGAGAAGCAAAGAGUGAGACUCCUAGAGAGGGGGCUGUUGGCGUAGAGGUCCAACGCCAACGCUUCCGGCAGUUCCGCUACCAGGAGGCCAAAGGACCCCGUGAGGUUUGCAGCCGGCUGUGGUAUCUGUGUCACCGCUGGCUGAAGCCAGAACGACACACCAAGGAGCAGAUCCUGGAGCUGGUCACCCUGGAACAGUUCCUGACCAUUUUGCCAUCAGAGAGCCAGAACUGGGUCAGGGAAGGCAGUCCAGAAACCUGCGCUCAGGCUGUAGCCCUGGCUGAGGAUUUCCUGCUGAGACAGGAGCCCAGAAGGCCAGAGCAGCAGGUGCUGGGAACAUUUGAGGAGGUAGCAGUGAAUUCCUCCAAAGCAGACCAGGUGUCGUCGGAGGUUUCAGAGAGACAUCGCUGUGAAGAAAUCAAGCAGGAAAAUGACGGGGACGUUGCUUUGCUGGGUUUUGGCUGGGAGAGGGCAAUGGAUGAGGACAUGCAUGGAGCAUUGUUGGAAAGAAGCAAGCAUCGGGAUACAGAAGAAAAUACUGGGAAACAUGAUGGGUCGAACAGGCAGCCGAAGCACAAAGCAGAGAAAUGGAAGGGGAGAUCUAGUGUGUUUCCCCCCGAAUUUAAAAUCAAGCAGAGAUUACAUGAAGGGAAAAGAAGGUAUUCAUGCAGUGUGUGUGGGAAAUGCUUCACUUGCAAAUCAAGCCUUAACAGACAUCAGAUAACUCAUUCAGGGGAGAACCCACACAAAUGCCCACACUGUGGGGAAAAGUUCACUCGGAGAGCUAGCCUUAUUGUUCACCAGAGAAUCCAUACGGGGGAAAAACCAUAUAAAUGUUUCACGUGUGGGAAAAGUUUCAGUGUGAACUCAACACUUAUCCGGCAUCAAAGGAUCCACACAGGUGAGAAACCGUAUCAGUGCUUUGACUGUGGAGAAAGCUUCAACCAGAGGACAAUCCUGAUUUCGCACCAGAGAAUACACACAGGAGAGAAACCUUACCGGUGCUCAGAUUGUGGUGAAAGCUUUCGUGACAAGUCAAGCCAUAUCAGGCACCAGAGAAUCCACACAGGAGAGAAACCAUACCAAUGUGCAGACUGUGGCGUGAGCUUCCGUGAUAAAUCGAGCCGUAUCAGGCAUCAGAGAAUCCACACAGGAGAGAAACCAUAUAAAUGUCUGGACUGUGGGGAAAGCUUUAGUCAGAGUUCUACCCUCAUUAGACACCGGAGGAUUCACACUGGAGAGAAACCUUAUAAAUGCUUGGAGUGUGGAAAGAGCUUAAGUCGCAAAUAUGAGCUAAAUUCACAUCAAAAGAUUCACACAGGGGAGAAACCAUAUAACUGUUUCAAAUGUGGGAAGAGCUUCAGAGAGAGGAGAAUCCUUAAUUCACAUCUAAAGAUUCACACACAACAGAAGCAAUAA